AUGACUAAAAAUGCCUUCACCCCCGUGGCAGGUGGGGCACCGGCAUGGGUGGAAGAAAACGGAAGUCCUGACCUCGCUGACGAUGAGGACAGGGCGGAAGUGGCGGCACUUCAGCGCGAGGUGGAGCAGCUUGCCUGCCUCAACGCCCUCUGCUGCCCCCACCAGCCGCUGCGGGGAGGCAACGGCGCCUUCGCAAAGGCCUCCUUGCGGCCCCGCAGGAGGCGGAACCCCACGCCGAGGCAGGAGGUCGCUACGGACCAACCGAUUGUGCCGCUGCUCAUCAGCGGACGCCACGUGGCGGUGGUUGCCUUCGGCCCGCCCCAGAGCGGCAAGUCCUACACGCUCUUCGGCUCCCCGCAGCCGGCAGCAUCCGUUGCUGCCGGCGACCGCAAACGGGGCGGCACGGAGCUGCCGCCCCUCGCCUCCACCCACACGCGCGGGUUGAUCACGCACUUUGUGCGGCAACUGCUCGACUUCGCCCGGGGGCGUCAAAAACGACUGGGCAAAGUUGCGACGGUCGAUGCUGAGCAAACAACAACUGCGGGGCAAAUCGGUGACGUUGAUUUGCUGAGGGCGGCCUUCGUGGCGUUUCAGGACGACCCGCCCAGCGCGGCCUCCGCCUCCGGUCAGGCCCUGUCCGUGUUUAUGUACGACCUGUGGAACCCCGCCUCUUUCGCCGCGCUUCAGCGCACGGUGCGCCUCUGCAACUCGACGGCAAACGCCGGCGCCUCUGGAGCUGAAGGCGGCUUGGCCGAGGACGAGGCAUUUUCUGCGUGUAGUCGUGACGGUAGUCCAGACGCGACGAAGUCCCGUCAUGCAGCCGCCGCGGUUUCACUUCUUGUGGAGGGCGCGAUGUGGAUGGACGUGCAAGCGGAGGACACGAUGGUUGCCUACCAGCAGCGCGGGCUAGAGCACCUCACCCUACUGCGUGAGAAGCUCCAUGUGUUGAGGGUACACGCCCCUCUCCACGUCGCGUUGCUCCUGCGGGCGCGGCCAGCCGAGCGGGAGGCGCGCAACAUACUCUUCAACGAGAUCAUGGCGAUAAAUGAAGGGCCGCCACCGCCGCCGCCGAUGUACCACGCCGCGGGCGUCUUUAUUGAGCUUCAGUGGACAGCCGCCGUUGCGAGCUGGAGUGCAUUUCCUCCCAUUCUGCAUGUGGCAGAAGCCGCAACGGCGACGGCACCGUCCGAUGCCGAUCCACCGAGUACGUUGUCGCUGCUUUUGCAGAAUGUGCGGCGGUGGCAUGCAAGAAUCCUUCUGAUCCCCACCAUUCGGUCAUCGCCACUGCAUGCCACUGACACGAUGCACGCGCUGCAGAAGGCAGUGGCAUGUAAGCUGUCGUGUAGUCACCCACAGCGGUGGUUUGUCCCUUGCACGCUUGACCCAGUGGAGGCGAUGCGGUGGGAAUUGACGAACAUGCGGGCAGAGUUAGGGACGGCGAAGACGCAGUUUAGCACCGCGGCAGAAGCGAAACGACGACGACUGCAUGCUCUUUUAUCGUCUAUCCAACAACUCACGGCGACCGUGGCGGAACGUCAUUCAUGGGCGCGGCAACUUGUACUGUCGUGGCAACAUGCAGAUUGUGGCUCACGGGAGGCACUGCUGCGAGCCUGGGCAAAGCCGAUGAAGAAACCCUGGCAGCUCUUUGCUCUCUCCGACGCGAGGCAGGCGGAGGCCUCUGGAGAGGACAUUCAUGCUGAGGACGUGGGUGCGGGACUGCGACGGAGUCCGGUGUAUUUUCUUCUACUGCUUCCUCCCCCGCCCGCGAACACGUUGCCUGGUCACCGCCCCACAUCGCUUGCAGCGAAGCAGGGGGCCGCGUUGGAGUCUCUGCGUGAUUUGGGCACCACGACGACGACGACGCCGUUUCCGCUCUUUUUUGACAUGAACGAGGACGACCUGGGCGAUGGGAGUCCCGUUGAACUCUCGCUGCGUGUGCGGUUUGCGCCAGGCACUCCACUCUCCCCGCGGACGCACGAGGGGGUGGUGCGUGAGGCCGCGGUGGAAGUGUGUCUGCGGGCUCUGGACGGUCGAUGCUUUCUUGCAGCCGCCUCGCUCUGGCAGGGUGGCCGACGCCGCACGGACGCCGUGCCCGCCGUUUACGUGAACGGGCGUCCGGUUCCGUGGCAAGCAGCGGAGAAGGCGCGGCCGUUUGCCACCGUCAAGCUACCGCCGCCGUGGGAGCCGCUCCCACUUGGGGCACGACUUGUCGUUGGCCCGUACGUCUUUAUUCUCGCGUCACGGGGCGAGGCGACGUCACUGCCGUUUUGCUCUAUCGGCAAACGAAGUCCCGCCCACAUCCAGUGA